UGUUCCCUCAUCUUUGUUUUGUGACCCCAAGAAAACAUAUAGAACCGCAUCUCUUGCACUUUCCCGCUAUAUCUGCAUAAAGCCAAGCCUGCAGAAGUAGACACACCUCCUACCGACAAAAAUGGUUCGAGAAACCGGCCCCUACAACUACAAUGACACCAACCGCGCUUUUCUCCAGGCCUUCUUGGGCCGCUCGACCAUGACUUUUGGAGAAGCCAGACCCGUACUAGCUGCGAUUUUUUCAGCGCAUGAAAAACAGCCCGUCUCCGCGGAGGAAGUCACCGAGGACGAAUUCCAGUCCUACAUUGCGACCGCCAACAACGCCAUCUCCCCCUUUGACCUCGAGAUCCGCAGUACCCUGCCCCAGAUCGAAAUCGACCCGAGCCAGACGACCGCCUCACCGCCAGAGCGGGUGUACGCGCUGGUUAACACGACCAGCGACGCGAUGACGCAACUGGCGACGACAUACUCGGCGGACGAGAUUGCCUAUGUCAAGCGGCUGCUGGACGCGAUGUUCGAGACGCACAACACGCGCCGCUGCGAGGCGAUGGCCAUCAGUGGGAUCCAGGCGCUCCAGCUGGCGAAAGUCUCAGGGGAGCGGAGGGAGUCGGGGAUGCAGUCGCAGCCGACAUUGACGCAGGGGGCCACACAGCAAGCAGACUCGCAGGUGGUGGGUGGGGUGGUGCAGUCGUUGACGAUGUCGCAGGCGGAAAUGCUGUUGAAGCAGUUGGUUGAGGAAGGGUGGUUCGGGAAGAGUCGCAAUGGGUUUUAUAGCCUCAGUCCUAGAGGCUUGAUGGAGUUGCGGGGGUGGCUGGUUGCAACGUAUAAUGAUGAGGCGGAGGGGAUCCGGAAGAUCAAAUUUUGCGCUGCGUGCAAGGAUUUGAUCACUGCGGGCCAACGAUGUGGCGAUCGAGACUGUCUAGGCAGAUUGCAUGACCAUUGUAUGCCUCACUUCUUUCGCUCUCAGCAGGCUGAGAUCUGCCCGGUGUGUAAAGAUACCUGGCCGGGGGAUAAGUUUGUCGGUGAGAGAGCAGUCACACAAGCCGAUCAGGAGAUGCAUGCCCGCAGACGAAGAAGCUCAAACAUACAGCGAUCAAGCGAUGUGGCUGAGACUAACGCUCAGCUUGAACUUGCACCGAUGGAGGAAGACGGUGGCAGUGACUGAAGGGUGCAAGUAGUUAUUUUGAGGAAUGACAUUCUGGCAUCACAAACGUAAGAGGACAUGCCAUCAGCCGGCUACUACGCUUCUCUGGUUUUUGGGGGCUGCCCCUUGCAGAUUUCGCCAAAACCCCUUACUACAACCCGAGCCAGGCUAUGCAGAUGUUUGGGUAUGCGGGAGAACUGCUCGAACAGAUUAGUCGAGCCAUGAGCCGAACUGUUUCCUACGAACUCAAGCUCGAGACUUCCAAAAGGAUCCUACUGACACUGCAGCUAAUGAUGCUCGAAGCACCCUGUCCUAGCAAUUUAAGACUGUUGCGAGUUAACAAUUUGUAGACAGAACCUUGG